AUGCCUCGCCACGCCGAGGCCCCGGCGCCCGCCGAGGCGUCAGCCGCAGCCGAGGCCCCGUCGGCGGCCGAGGCCCAGGGGCCGCGCGGCAAGAGCAAGUCCGUCAGCCCUCGACAAAUCCCGGUGAUCGGGGUGGUGACGGAGGAUGAGGACGCUCAGGGUGCUUUAAAGCCUAUGGACCUACAUAGUAUCAUCAAAGUCCUUGAAGAGACCGCUCACGAUUAUUUAGAAGAACAACUUAAAUCUGUCAAGACAUUGGUGCAGUAUUAUCAGAAUGGAUUUCCCCUAAGGGAUUUGGCACAGGUAUUUAAAAUUCUGAAUAUGUGUGCAGAAAAAAUUAAAAAACAGCCUGCUUUUCUAGAACCUACAUAUAAUAUCAUAAAAUUAUUCGGCUUACCAUUUUUGAAAAAGAAAGUAUCAGAUGAAAUAACAUAUGCUGAAGAUACUGCUAAGUCAAUUGCGCUUCUGGGUAAUUUAAUGAAAAUACCAAGUUCUGAAUUGAGGAUACAAAUUUGUAGGUGUAUUGUUGACUUUUAUCAUGCAGAACCACCAAAGAAGCAUAUUGCAGGUUACCAGCAAGCUAGCCCAACAUAUAAGAUUCAAAUGGCUGAAGUUGGAGGAUUGGCAGAAACAAUGGUUCAGUCAUUGGACUUGCUUGAAAAUCAACUUGUUGAGAAACUUUGGGUCCUUAAAGCUCUGCAACAUCUCUCAACUUCUGAAGUUAAUUGUACUCUAAUGAUGAGAGCUUAUGCAGCCAGAGGCAUCUGUGCUCACCUCAAUGACCCAGACCCCUCUGGGCAGCUUCUGUUUCGUUCAUCAGAAAUACUCUGGAACUUACUAGAAAAAUCGUCAAAAGAAGAAAUCAUAAAACAACUUAGUAACUUGGAGUGUUUGGUAUCUUUAAAGGAAGUUUUUAAACAUCUGUUUACAAGAGGUUUUAGUGAUUAUGAUCGUCAGCUUAGAAAUGAUAUAUUAGUGAUCACUACAAUUAUAUCUCAAAAUCCUGAAGCACCUAUGAUUGAAUGUGGCUUUACCAGGGAUUUGAUACUAUUUGCAACCUUUAAUGAAGUUAAAAGUGAAAAUCCUUUGGUGAAAGGUCUUAAGCUUUCUAAUUCCUAUGAAGAUUUUGAGUUGAAGAAAUUGCUGUUCAAUAUACUUGUGAUCUUAUGUAAAGAUUUGACUACAAUACAGCUAUUAGUUGAUGGCAAAGUUGUUUUGGCUUUGUUUACCUAUGUAAAAAAGCCCGAGAAGCACAAAAUAAUUGAGUGGUCUGCAGCACAGUAUGAAGAAUUACAACUGCAUGCACUUGCCACUUUAUCAACAGUGGCUCCUUUAUUAAUAGAAGAGUAUAUGUUGUGCCAGGGAAAUGCUCGGAUCCUGGCUUUUCUAGAAUGGUGUGAAAGUGAAGAAUGCUUCUUCAGUCACGGUAACAGUUUUCACGGCACAGGCGGCCGCGGCAACAAAUUUGCGCACUUGCGUUACUCUUUAAGACUCCUGAGAGCUAUGGUCCAUCUUGAGGAUGAGACUGUGAAUCAGGAUCUUUGCGAAAAGGGGACAAUUCAGCAACUCAUAGGGAUAUUUAAAUAUACAAUAAACAAGAUUAAUGAUAAGGAAGAGGCCAUUCUUUUGGAAAUUCAAUCUGAUAUAUUAGUUAUUUUAUCUUCUAUUUGUGAAAAUAAUAUUUCCAGGAAGGAAAUAUUUGGAACUGAAGGAGUGGAUAUAGUUCUUCAUGUAAUGAAAACAGACCCGAAGAAGUUUCAGAGUGGAUUAGGCUACACUGUACUUCUUUUUAGUACAUUGGACAGCAUUUGGUGCUGCAUCUUGGCUUGUUAUUCCUUAGAGGAUUACUUUCUUGAAAAGGAAGGCAUUUUUCUCCUUUUGGAUUUAUUGGCAUUGGACCAGAAGAAAUUCUUUAAUCUAAUACUUGCAAUAAUGGUUGAAUUUUGUGAUAAUCCCAAAACUCCGGUUCACGUCAAUACAUGGCGAGGGAAGAAGGAUCAAACAGCUGCCAGCCUUUUGAUUAAAUUGUGGAGAAAGGAAGAAAGAGAACUAGGAGUCGUACGUGAUAAACGCGGGAUGAUUGUUGAUACAAAGAAACCUCUAUUUACUAGUUUUCAAGCAGAGCAAAAAAUCAUGCCAAUGCCUGCUAACUGCCCGACUAUUGCAGUUAUGGAAGUUGCAGAAAACAUUAGAGCAAAAAUUUAUGCUGUGUUGGGCAAACUAGAUUUUGAAAAUUUACCUGGCCUAUCUACUAAAGAUUUUGUGACCCUUUGUAUCAUACAUAGAUAUCUUGAUUUUAAAAUUGGAGAAAUAUGGAAUGAAAUUUAUGAAGAAAUAAAGAUAGAAAAGUUAAAACCAGUCACUACAGAUAGACAUGUUUUACAAACUAUUUUAACAGCUUCAGAAAAUGUUGGACAGAUGGUUGCUUCCCUGCAAUCUGAGAUGUGUGAUAUCCAAGCACGCCAGGAUGUGCAAGAUGAACAAAAAGUAUAUGCAAAAAUACAAGCCACACACCAGCAAAGAGAAAUGGCUAAUAAAUCAUGGGUAAACUUCUUGGCUAGAACGUCAAAUGCUAAAACUUUAAAGAAAGCAAAAAAACUUCAGGAAAAAGCUAUCGAAUCCACUAGAUACGGUGAACGACCAGCAAAUGCAAUAUUUCACCAGACAGAUAUUAAAGGCCUUAACACAACGGUGCUCUCUGGACGGGUAGUAGCAGUGGAGAGCACUCCUGCCCGGUUGGUGGGAGGACCUCUGGCUGAUACUGAUAUUGCUCUUAAAAAACUUCCUGUUCGAGGAGGAGCCUUACAGAGGGUGAAAGCAGUAAAACCUGCGGAUGAUCCAAAGAAUGUUCCUACAUAA